AUGGUUAUCGGUGGCAUCUUAAUUGCUGGGGCUAAUGGUCUCUUCUUGGCCUUCAUCUUUCUUGACCUCUCUGCAGCUUUGGACACGAAUAUAAAUGGCUUUGAGGAAGGAGUGGAAUUCCUGCCAGCCAACAAUUCGAGGAAGGUGGAAAAAAGAGGACCGAAGCGUUGGGUUGUGCUGCUAGCAUUGGUGCUCUUCUUCAUCCUGAUCUCCCUUAUGGUUGGAUUCUUGGUGUGGCAUUUUAACUAUAAGAAUGCACGAGUGCAGAAAAUCUUCAAUGGCUACCUGAGGAUUACAAACGAGAACUUUAUAGAUGCCUAUGAGAAUUCCAACUCCACAGAAUUUGCAAACCUGGCGGGCAAGGUUAAGGAAGCACUAAGGUUUUUAUACCAUGGAAUCCCAGCCCUUGGGCCCUUCUACAAGGAAUCUGGAGUAACAGCCUUCAGUGAGGGCAGUAUCAUUGCCUACUACUGGUCAGAAUUCAGUGUCCCCCAAGAUAUGGUAGAGGAGGUUGAUCGAGCCAUAUCAAAAGAAUAUGUCCUGUCACUACCUCCCAGAUCCCGCGCCUUACAGUCCUUCAAUGUGGCUUCAGUUGUGGCUUUCCCCACUGAUGCCAGAACAGUACAGACAUCUCGAGACAACAGCUGCAGCUUUUCCCUACAUGCCCGGGCUGGUGAGGUAACCCGCUUUACCACACCAGGUUUCCCAGACAGCCCCUACCCAGCACGUGCCCGCUGCCAGUGGGCUCUGCGUGGAGAUGCCGACCUGGUGCUGAGCCUCACCUUCCAAAGUUUUGAUGUCGCAGCAUGUGAUGACGAUGGGAAUGAUGUGGUCAUGGUAUAUGACACCCUGACCCCUGUGGAACCUCGAGCUGUGGUGCAGUUGUGUGGCGUUUACCCUCCCUCCUACAACCUGACCUUCCUCUCCUCUCAGAAUGUCAUGCUUAUCACGCUCAUCACCAACACUGUUCGGCGCCAUCCUGGUUUUAAGGCUGAGUUCUUCCAGUUGUCCAAGAUGACUGAAUGUGGAGGUCACCUGACUGGAGCGCAGGGGACAUUCAACACCCCCUAUUACCCAGGCCACUAUCCCCCCAAUAUUGACUGCACGUGGGUCAUUGAGGUGCCCAGAAACCAAAAUGUCAAGAUUCGUUUCAAAAUCUUCUAUCUGGUGGAGCCCCACCAAAUUGUGGGUACCUGCAACAAGGACUACGUGGAAGUCAAUGGGGAAAAGUACUGCGGAGAGAAGCCACAGUUCGUGGUGUCCAGCAGCACUAACAAGAUCACUGUCCGUUUCCACUCAGAUGAGUCCUAUACUGACACGGGGUUCUUCGCUGAGUACCUCUCAUAUGACUCCAGUGACCCCUGCCCUGGUAUGUUCACCUGCAAAACGGGACGCUGUAUCAGUAACAGUUUGCGUUGUGAUGGCUGGGCCGAUUGCACAGACUUCAGUGAUGAGCUUCAUUGUGUGUGUAAUGCAACCAGCCAGUUCACUUGCAAGAACAAAUUUUGUAAGCCCCUCUUUUGGGUCUGUGAUGGACUGAAUGACUGUGGGGAUAACAGUGAUGAGCUGCAAUGCAGCUGCCCAGAUCAGACCUUCAAGUGUAGGAAUGGGAAAUGCAUCCCGGAGAGCCAGAAAUGUGACAAGAAGGAUAACUGUGGAGACGGGAGUGAUGAAGCCGAGUGUGAUAGUGUUUGGACUGUGCCCUGCACCCAACACACAUACAAGUGCCAGAGUGGAGUGUGUCUGAGCAAAGGGAACCCAGAGUGUGAUGGGCAGAAAGACUGCAGUGAUGGCUCGGAUGAGAAGAACUGUGAUUGUGGAAUCCGGUCAUUCAGUAGACAGUCAAGGAUCGUUGGAGGCCAGAACUCAGAUGAAGGAGAGUGGCCGUGGCAGGUGAGCCUCCACGCCGAGGGCCAGGGUCACAUCUGUGGGGCGUCAUUAAUCUCCUCCACCUGGCUUGUUUCUGCGGCCCAUUGCUUCGUUGAUGAGUUAGGAAUCAGGUACUCUCAGCCCAGUGUAUGGACAGCCUAUCUGGGUCUGCAUGACCAGAGCAAGCGUAGUGCCCGAGGGGUGGAAGAGAGGGGGUUCAAACAGAUCAUCCCUCACGCGGCCUUUAACGACUACACCUUUGACUAUGACAUCGCUGUUCUAGAGCUGGAUGAGCCUGUGGAGUUCAGCUCUGUGAUUCGGCCCAUCUGCCUGCCUGAUUCAUCUCACACCUUCCCUGCGGGCAAGACCAUCUGGGUGACGGGCUGGGGGCACACAAAGGAAGGAGGCUCUGGGGCAUUGGUCCUGCAGAAGGGGGAGAUUCGAGUGAUCAAUCAGACCACGUGUGAGUCUUUGCUACCCAAUCAGGUGACCCCACGUAUGAUGUGCGUGGGCUUCCUCAAUGGCGGUGUCGAUGCCUGCCAGGGUGAUUCAGGAGGCCCUCUCUCCAGUGUAGAGAAUGAUGGACGGAUGUUCCUGGCUGGGGUGGUGAGCUGGGGUGAAGGCUGUGCUCGACGGAACAAGCCAGGUGUCUACACGAGAGUCCCCACGCUUCGGGACUGGAUUAAAGAGAAGACAGGAGUGUAGGAGUUGCCCUAAAUGUGCUGUCCUCUCCUAACACAUUCGUAUGAAAAUUGAAGAUGGACCAAUGGACUUGCGCCUCCAGGAUAUAAACCCUAUUCUUGUCUUUGGGGAUCGUGAACCUACCUGGGGAGCCUCAGACUUACCUCAGGCCCAGCCCCAAACAAACUCGUAGGAAAUGGGUAUGGAGGACCAUUGAGCAGCACCUGUGCCUCAGCUUAGUGUCUGAGGUUUGGGGACCCAGAUUUCCCCCCAGCCCCAGCCCUGAGUCUGGAUCCGAGAGACUUUCCUAAGCUUUCUGUGUUUUGUCCCCAAGGAGAAGCUCUAAGUGUGUCUCCCCGCUUUGCUCAGAUUAGGACAUCCUAUGUGGUCAGUACUUACUGCUGGGGGAUCUGGGCCAUGGAGCUCAGCUCAUGCCUGACCCUGAAGAAAAUGAGGACGAAGAAUCUGAACUGCUUUUCCUGACUCCCAGUUUGUGUGUGUGUGUGUGUGUGUGUGUGUAGUUUUUAAUACUUUUUAAAUUAAUGAUUUUACACCAGAAUUGAUUUCCCUCCUCCACUGCAGGUCAGACAUGCCUUUAUUAUAUCUACACACUCACAGAGUGGGUGGGUUGGGGGGCACAUGGGAGUACCAGACUGUAUGAUACAGUGCCACGGAGAGAGGGUGGCCAGUCUUACUGUAUUCUCCAAACAAGCCAGCUCCAUAGUCUCUCCUGUGGCCCCUUGGAAGAACAGAAAUUCUGCAGGCUUCAGAGGUGUAAAAGGGGUCAUUGAGUGCAGGGGACGGCAGCGGCUUAGAGUUUGGUCACACAGAGGUUUCUCUAGGAAGCACCAGGCUAUUCCCUUCCAGAUGCUUUUGCUUUAGGAGAGAAGGAUUCCCCCUACUCUGAGAAGGGGGAAAUAACAGUAUAUAUCUAUGCUGACCAAGGUCCUACACAUGGAUGGGCUGCCAGUCCUAUUCCUAGACUAAAUGUUGUUCUUGGACCAUGGAGAAACAAUAUCUUCUUGUUGGAAUUGUGACACCCUCAACCUCCCUUUGUCCCCCACUUUGGAUUCUCUCUACCUCAGGCACAGGAGAAGAAAAUUUAGCUUUGUUUCUUUAAUUUAAAACUUUCUUGGGGGGCAGCUAGGUGGCACAGUGGGUAGAGCACCAGCCCUGGAGUCAGGAGGACCUGAGUUCAAAUGUGGCCUCAGACACUUGAUGCUUACUAGCUGUGUGACCCUGGGCAAGUCACUUAACCCCAAUUGACUCACCCCCCCCCAAAAAAAACCCCAACUUUCUUGGCUUUUGUGCUUGGGAUGGCCCACUGAGGGUCAGUGUUGGCUGAUGCUCCUCAGAGCUGGAGAAGAGUUCAAUUUAAUUCAUAUCAGCAGACACUUUUAAAGGGACUACUGGGUGGAAAACACAGGGCUUCAUACUAGGGGAAGUACAGAGUUGAAAUAAAACAAUCCCUGCCUUCCUGGAGCUUACAAGUCUGGUGGAGUCUUAGAUGUUCCUUGUUCCCAGGGCCUGGACACGGCCUCCUGUUGCUUUUCUCAUCCCAGUCUGACCCCUUGUACUUGUUCUACUGUGUUUGGGGGAAAGGGAGAAUGGCUGUGGUCUGUCUGUACUGGACCUCACAAAGCACUGGGGUUGAUAGACAAGUAUGUGAAUGGGUCCCCCUCUGGGGCCCAGGGUGAGGGAGGGGACUUUGAUCUGCAAUAGAGGGGAGGAGGGUGAAUAAUAGGAAGAAUAAGAAAAUGAUUUCCAAAGAAAUGACUGAUGUGUACAGUUUAUUCUUGUAAUUGUUGCUCUGUUCUUGGUAAGGGCCCUAUUCUGGGCUUUCUCACUCAAAUGUAUUUAAGGUGCCAGAGCCCCAGGGAAGAAAUUGGGGACCAAAUGUACAUUAAAGGGAAAAGUUUUCCAUGAUUCCUGCCCUUGGUGUGGUUGCUAAGUAUUCAAUAAUUAACUCAGCAGCAAGGAUGAAUGCACCC